AACAAAUUCGUACUUUGUUUCGCAACACGCUGGACGAUCCAGAGCGCGCGCGUCCGGUCGUCCGCGAUUUUUCAAAAUUUGAAAAAAUGUUCAAAUUAGCCAACAAAAUUCAGUAUUUCUCCAGCGUUCGCCAAUUUCACUGCAGUUGCGUGCUCGGCAAAGGCCUCAAAAAGCAGGGCACCAUCCUGAACAAACUACUCCACGGCAGUGACAAGGGAAAGCGAAAAUGGUACGCGGACAAGAACGCCGUACUGGCCACUCCGCUGGCCAUCGCUAGCAGCAAGGGCCAAGGCAAAGAGUCAACCCGGCGAAUUAACGUGCUGAACAAGCUGUUUAUGGAACAGAUCACCGACCUGAUGGCCACCGGCGAGCACUCGGAGGAACUGGUCGGGUACGGGAUUCAGAUUUCGCGCGUCAAGGUCAGCUCGGACUAUCACGGAAUCAACGUGUUUUGGUUCGCGCGGGACAACCAGCACGACAUGGACAUCGGGCGGUUGCUGAAGCGAAUUUCCGGCGGGUUGCGGCACGAGCUGUCCCAGCUGAGGCUGAUUGGCCAGGUGCCGAAGCUGAACUUUGUCAAGGACAAGACGUACGGGUUGACGGCGGAUUUGGACGGGGUGCUGCGGAGGGCGGAUUACGGCGAGGACUUUGUCCCGACGGAUCGGACGAUGAUGCUGAAGAGCGAGUUCAAGCUGCAGGUCGAACUGCCGCGAACCGUUCGGAGUGAAAUCGACAAGCUGGAGGACGAGAUUGACUAUCCGGUGGAGGAUCAGCGCACGCUGCCGGCGAUGCGGAACGACAUCCUCGGGCUGGACCAGGAAGCGAUAAUGGGCAAGAUUAAGCGGUCGCUGAAUAGGAAUAAGCAAGCAUGGCAGCAACAUAAACAGCAGAGCACGACUGAUUUAGAGAAAAAGCGAAGGAACCGGCGCAGUUUAAAAGUAUUUCGUUAGACAAAAUACGGAAGCGAAUCUGGAUCCGACGAGGUCGUACCGGGGAGAUUUGGUUGUGCCGGAAGAUUCGGUUGCGGUGAGCAGCGAGCUGGAUCGCAAUGAUAGCGAUUUUAUCAUUGAGGAGUCGGAUUUGGAGGGCGGGACGAAAAAGUGACCGAUCGAGAAUCCAAAGAAAUUAGAGCAAUAAAUUCAGCAUAGCAAAUUUAAAAA